AUGACCGGUACAAUUUGCUUCCUUUGUGGAUUGCAGUCAAAACGUCUCCCCUACAAAGAUACGAGAUCGACUUCUUUACGGCCUGCUGGAUUUUCUCACAGUUCCUGGAUCCGUGAAAUGCAGCAAGCUUCAGAUAAAUCAAUAAUCAUUAGUGAAAUUCUGGACUCUAGGACAAGGAACCUGGUUUCAGUUUCAAGAAUCAGUGACUAUGUGCUGUCAAAUGAGCUUGUAAGUAUGGCACUGGCACUGGUGGCCGAAGACAAGCAAAUAAAUCGUGUUUUUGAGGAGCUUUUUGCAGAGGAGGGGAAUGAGAUGUGUAUCAAACCUGCAGAAUUCUACUUAUUUGACCAGGAAGAGCUAUGCUUUUAUGAAAUAUUGAUUAGGGGUCACCAAAGAAAAGAAAUUGUUAUCGGCUAUCGCCUCGCGAAUUCCGAGCAUGCAGUCAUCAACCCUCCAAGGAAGUCGGAAUUGAGAAAAUGGUCUCUUGACGAUGUUUUUGUUGUCAUUGCGUCAGGUUCGUGA